GGAAGUGUCGUAAUAGUGACGCAAUGUGUUUUGCUAGCAGUUAGCCUCGUGGCUAACGUCGCAACGGACUUAACAAAAAAACGCUUAUUUAAAAAGCUUUUGUUCGUUUUUGUGUGUCGAAUUUGUAAUGUGCGUUCGGCUCCUGUGAAGACCAGAAAGAGAAAAUGAACGGAAGUACAAACCCGUUGCUGGACAAAGAAGAACAUGUUUUAAAGCUCGGGGAAAGCUUCGAGAAAAGGCCCAAGUCCUCCUUUCAUACCAUCAGAUAUGAUUUCAAACCGGCGUCCAUCGACACCAGCUGCGAAGGGGAGCUGCACGUAGGCAAAGGAGAUGAAGUCACCAUCACAUUGCCUCACAUUCCGGGCUCCACCCCACCCAUGACGGUGUUCAAAGGCAACAAGCGGCAGUAUCAGAAGGACUGCGUGCUCAUCAUCAAUCACGACACGGGCGGCUUUGUCCUGGAGAAACUCAGCAGCAGCAUCCAGGUCAAGAAAACCAGGGCUGAGGGCAGCAGUAAAAUCCAAGCUCGCAUCGAGCAGCAGGCGGUGCGGACCACCCAGGCGGGACCUCAGUUUCGGGCCCCCACUAAGCCGGGCACCACCGCCAAGACAUCGCCGUCGCCCUCGAAGGACGACCCCUCGCCUGAGCCGCAGCUCGACGAUAUCAAGAGAGAGCUGCGAGCCGAAGUGGACGUAAUCGAGCAGAUGAGCAGCAGCGGCAGCAGCUCAUCCGGCUCGGCCAGCGCCUCGCCCAGCCCUGGCAACAGCAGCGAUGAUGGCGGCGGAGGCGCUUGCGAACGUGACGGCAACCGCCCGCCGGGCCAAGUCCCCUCUACGCCCCCCAGCCGCCACUCCCUCGCCAACGGGGGCGCUGAGCGGCCGGCGGGCGCCAACCACCAUCUAAUCAACACGCUCAGAAGUGAUCUUCAGCUCAGUGAGUCAGGCAGUGACAGUGACGAUGACUGAACCGGACAGACGCGCACUGACGGAGCCAAAUCACCAACGCCGGCGUGACUGUACCUUUACUUUUGUUUUCCCUCCUUUGGUCCCCCACAUAUGCUGUAAGAUAGAGUGUAUUUUUUUUUCAGAUGUCACAUAUUUAAUUUUGUAUAAGAGAGAGACUUUAUGGAUGGAAGAUUCUAUAUGAGAGCACGAUUUAUUUUCAAUACAUUGUUAUUGGAGGUACAGCCUUAGUUAGGCUUUUAAUUAAAAAAAAAAAAAUAAAAACUUUGAAAAGGGAAAAUAAAGUUUUCGUUCAUGUUGUUUGAUUACACUAUACAGUCCAAAAGUGUUAAACCACUAUGUUUAUUCAAACUUUUUUUUCCUAAAAUGCAGUCAAAAACCAAGAAAAUCCAGUCUAUGAAUGAGUUAAAAUAUAUAUAUUUUUUGUGGAGGGAGGAGCUCAUUAAAACAAGUUUUUAAAAAGUACUAAGUGAGCCAAAACUAAAUUAAAUGAAACAUUUUAAAAAUUGCCACAAUUGAAGGCACAACAGUUAAGGGAAUCAUUAAGUGCAAUCAGUUAUUUGUUUUAAACAGAAUUAAAAAAAAUCUUGAAGACAUUCAGGAAUUGAUGAUUGAUGGAUAAAAGCAGCUCAUUUGAAUAAAAAGCUUGACAUGCUUAGAAGCCAAAAAUGGAUGAGACAUUGAAGAUUUUUCGCAUCAGUUGAGCUACACAAACGUCCCUUUUUUAAAUAGCCAAUUGAGAUUAGAUUAGACUAUAAUUUUAACAGAAAUUUGACAUGUUUAUAUGCGGCUUAAAAAAAUCAAUUCUCAUUUUUUUUAUUAACCUGUUCUCAUUUGUCUGUUGGUACUCAUCAAGGUUAUUCUUGGUAUUUUUAUUUCAGUGGUGAUUUUGUGCAAAAUGGCAGCUGAGAGAAUCCUCGUGUUGACACUUUGGAGCCGCAGCUCAUUUUGUCGUUGUACGGAAGAGUAUGUUCAAAUAAAAACUUCUGAAAGAAU